AUGGCCGGUUCCCAGCUCAAACAGCUCAAAGCAUCACUUGCAGCCAAAGGGCUUGUAGGCCAAACUAACGGCAAGAAGGGGAAAAAAAUUGCAGCUUCUGAUACUAGACGUGAUCAAGCAGCCAAGACGCGCGAUUUGGAUGAGAUUCGUGGAGAAUUCAAUCGUUUUGAUACCAAAGUGAAUAGAACAAAAAGAGACUACACCAUAGUCCAAGGAGGAGCUUUUGUCACAGCUGGAAAACAGCAAAACAACCGUUCUUCGCGCACAAAUGGAGGUGUUGAAGCGGCAAUGCGCGCCGAAUAUGAAGCAGAAAAGAAGCAACGCAAUAGAACUGGAGGAAUGGUCGAUCGUAGAUUUGGAGAGAACAACGCCAAAAUGACACAGGAGGAGAAGAUGUUGCAGCGUUUCACUAGAGAAAGACAACUGAAGUCAGGUGCUUUCUCCUUGGGCAGUGAUGAUGAGUUCGGAAACGACGAUGACGAUGCUAAUGGAGGUUUUACCUUGACACAUUCGGGCAGAAGCCUUGAGUUUGACUCGCCGCUGCUCGGUCAUCUGGAAGAAAUCCCUAAUUAUGUGGAUGAGGAUGCAGUUGAGACCGGCCCUGCUCGUAAGAAGUCUAAACGUGAGGUCAUGGCCGAGAUCAUCGCCAAGUCCAAGUUCCAUCGUAAAGAGAGACAAAAGGCUUUUGAAAAAACACAGGAGGAGAUUAUGGACUUGGACGAAGAGUUUGGUGAUGUUGUGGGAGCCCUUCGGGGUCAGCGUACUGCCCGUCCCGCCGCAAUUGUGCCCAAAUCUCAACAAGACAUUGAGUAUGACGCCAAAAUGCGCGAGUUGACAUACGACAGAAGAUCCGUCCCCGCCGACCGUACCAAGACCGAUGAAGAGAUCGCACAAGAGCAUCGUGAAAAAAUGCAACGUUUGGAACAAGACAGAAUCAAUCGUAUGACCGCGCUGAGGGGUGAUGAAGAUGGAGCUGAUGCAGAUGAUUUGGACGAUGACUUCUGGGCAGGAAGUGACGACGAAGAAGGUCAAGCCAUUGGCGAGGACGGCGAGGAAGAAGACGACGAAGAGAGUGGCUCGCAAGAUGAAGGAUCCGGAGAGUCCUCUGGAAGACCAAAGUCAAGUCGAUACCAAAAUGCACCCGUUGCUAAGAUGCCAUCCAAUCAUGCAGAGUUCGCAGAGGCAGUAGAGAACAUGGAGAAUUCACAAGUCAUGGACCAUAUCAAGACAAUUGGUCGCGUUUUCCAUCCACGUCUUGCCGAGGGAAACAAGCAAAAGAUGGACCAAUUUGUGGCCAUUAUCUUCGAGCACAUUCUUUUUCUCGGGCAACAAAGCCAGCCAAAUGCUGAAUUGAUUGACGAUCUCAUCAAACUCUUGCGUACGAUGGCUGAACAAUACAACGAGCUGUUGGUACAGACAAUUCGAGACAUAAUGAAGCAGGUGGAGACUCGUGUUGUGUCCCAGACAGUGGAGAAGCAAGACCUUGUGUUUUUCGUAGCCUUGGGAUACCUUUUUUCAGCCUCUGACCAUUUCCACUUGGUCAUCACCCCAGCGCUCAUUCUUAUGAACCAAUUCCUUUCUACAUGCAUGGCCGAGGAGAAGACAGCUCUGCCGCAACGUCUUGGCCAGGGUCUUGUUGUCUGUGAAAUUUUGUUGCGCUACCAAGACUUUGCUAAGCGUUUCGACCCUGAGGUUGUGCGCUUCGUCGAGAAAACCUUGCAGUGGCUUCUUCCUGAGCCAACCAAGAUUUCCACAACACUCAGUAGUGGUAGACCACGUGGGCAUUUGAAUCUUGACAAGUCGUUUAAGCCCAAGGCCGUUCAGGGAUCUCUUAGCAUCCUGCUGUUGUUCGUUGACACCAAGAACUCCAAUCAGCUCAAGUUUGAACUCAUCGCGCGCACCGUCGACGUUAUCGAUAACUGCACUUCCUUGUGGAGAGACAAGAGCGCAGCUAUUGAGGUUUUGAGCUCGUGGCAAAAGCUACUUCAACAUACCGCCAGAUACUAUGGCGCUUUCCUACCCAAGCUCGCGGACAAUUUGUCGAGACACCAAAAGCUUCUCAGUAAUAUGCAGCAAAGCAGAAAGCCAUUGGCAUUGCAAGAACACAGAAAGAUCGCCAUCAAGACGUUCGCUCCUCGUUUCGAGGAGAAUUUCAACCCAGACAAGAAGUCUUACGACCCCGACAGAGAAAGACAGGAAGUAAACAAGAUCAAGGCUCAAAUCAAGAAGGAGAAGAAGAUGGGUUUGAAGGAGCUCCGGAAGCAGACCCGCUUUGGCGCCAUCCAGCAAAUCGAGGAGAAGAAACAAAUGUACUCGGACUAUCACCGGAAGAUGGCCAACAUUGUCAACUCGAUUUCGACAGUGGAGGGUGCAGAGAAAAACCAGUACGAGCGGGAGAAGAAGAGACGUCAAAACCAGAAAUAA